AUGGAUGGAUUUGAUGUUUCCCAAGCUCCACCCGAAUAUCGGGCCGUGGAGCCCAUUGCCGACCUUUUUGUCCUGGGAAUGGGGCUCGGGUGGCUGAUCAACUAUGUCGGAAUGAUUUACCAAUCAUUUAAGGACGAGACUUAUGGGAUGGCCAUAAUGCCUCUGUGUUGCAAUAUCGCCUGGGAGGUCGUGUAUAGUUUGAUAUAUCCGUCCAAAAGUCUUAUGGAACAAGGUGUAUUCAUCGCCGGUCUCUCCAUCAAUAUUGGCGUCAUGUACGCAGCAAUCAAAUUCGCCCCCAAGGAAUGGAGCCAUGCCCCACUGGUCAUGCGCAAUCUGCCCCUCAUUUUCUUCCUGGCUACCCUGGGAUUUCUCACCGGGCAUCUCGCUCUCGCCGCAGAGAUUGGCCACUCUCUUGCAUACUCGUGGGGUGCUGUGGUAUGCCAGCUGCUCCUCAGCGUGGGUGGAAUCUGCCAGCUAUUAUGUCGGGGAAGCACGCGCGGGGCCUCGUAUACGUUAUGGUAUGUAAUCAUCGAGGGCCUUUGGCAUAUGUCAAUUCUAAAUAUUCGUUCUAGGCUUUCUCGCUUCCUCGGUUCGUCAUGCACCGUGGUUUUUGCAUCCUUGCGUUGGAUGUACUGGCCCGAGUCUUUUUCCUGGCUCAAUAGCCCUCUGGUUUUGUGGAGCCUGGCGGUUUUCCUCACGAUCGAUGGUUCCUACGGGCUCUGCUACUGGUACGUUCGCCAAUACGAAUUGUCUCUUAAGGAAGUUGAAGGGCGCAAAUUGAAGUAA